AUGUACAUCGAGGAGAUCGCGAUCGAGGGAUUCAAGUCGUACGCGCAGAGGACGGUGGUGCGAGACUUCGACUCCAAGUUCAACGCCAUAACUGGGCUCAACGGGUCCGGCAAGUCCAACAUCCUCGACUCCAUCUGCUUCGUGCUCGGCAUCACCAACCUGCAGCACGUGCGCGCCAGCAACCUGCAGGAGCUGAUCUAUAAGCAGGGCCAGGCGGGGGUUACGCGCGCGACGGUUUCGAUUGUGUUUAAUAACCAUGACAAGGCCGGGAGUCCCGUGGGGUACGAGGACCAUGACCGCAUCACCGUUACCAGACAGAUCGUGAUCGGCGGGCGCAACAAGUAUCUGAUCAACGGCCACGUGAAGCAGCCGAGCGCCGUGCAGACGCUCUUCCACUCCGUGCAGCUGAACGUGAACAACCCGCACUUCCUCAUCAUGCAAGGCCGCAUCACCAAGGUCCUCAACAUGAAACCCCCCGAGAUCCUCUCCAUGCUGGAGGAGGCCGCCGGCACGCGCAUGUACGAGAACAAGAAGGAAAGCGCGUUAAAGACGCUGGAGAAGAAGCAGACGAAGGUGGAGGAGAUCAAUAAGGUGCUGACCGAGGAGAUUCUGCCGCGGUUGGAGGGUUUGCGGCGGGAGCGCGCGCAGUACCAAGCGUGGCUGCAGGGGAACUCGGAUAUCGACAGGCUGAGCCGGUUCUGUAUCGCGUAUGAGUAUUUUCUUGCGGAAAAGGCGAAGAAUUCCGCUGUGGAGGUAGUGGAGAAGAUUAGGGAGAGCAUUGCGGAGCUAGGGAGAGUGGAGGAGGAGUGUCACGAGGCGAUAGUGACGAAGAAAGGGCUUAUAAAGGAGAUGCUGUUAGAGAAGGACCGGCAGAUGGGGGAUGCGAUGAAGGAGGUGCAGAAGCGCGCAGAUAAGAUCGCCAAGGAGCUCGUUAAAGUCACAUCCGUUUGGAACAACAAGAGCGAGACGUUGGAAGCGGAGAAGAAAGCGCUCGAGCAGCUUGUCAAGACGCUGGCUGACAUGCGGAAAGGCUCCGAGGAACGAGCGGCUCAGAUGCAUUCCGCCGACGACGAGCUCGCAGCCGUCCAAUCAGAAGCCGACACGAAGGCCAAGGCGCUCGCAGACGCGGAGGAGGAAUACGCGGCCGUGCAGGCGGGCAAGACGGGACAUCCGGGGGAAGACAAAACGAUGGCGCAAAAGCUGUCGGAACUGAAAGCGGCGGCGGUGGAAGCGGCGACGGGGGGAAAGCAGGCGGCGCUGCGCGUGACGCACCUGCGGAAGGAGGUGGCGGAGAAAGGGCGGCUGGUGGCGGGGAAGCGCAAGGCGGCGAGCGGGCUGGAGCAGCGGCUAGCGGGCAUGGCGGAAGAGGUUGCGCGAUGCGAGGCGGGGCUGCAAAGGCUAGGGCAUGAUGAUCAGCACUACUCGGGUCUUGAGAAGGCGAAGGUGGAGAAGGAGGCGGCGGUGGGGGAGCUGCGGCAGCGGGUGGAGGCGGCAUCGCGCGAGCUGGGCGUGGGGUUCUCAUACAGCGACCCCGAGAGGGGCUUCGACCGCCGCAAGGUCAAGGGCGUGCUGGCACGCCUCUUCCGCAUGCGCGACGCCUCCAUGGCCACGGCGCUCGAGGUUGUGGCGGGCAGCAGGCUGCACAACGUGGUGGUGGACUCGGAGCAAACGGGCAAGCAGCUGCUGAGCCACGGCCGCCUGCAGCGCCGGGUGACGCUCAUCCCUCUCAACAAGAUCGACAGCCGCUGCAUUUCCCAGGCCAAGCUCAGCCGCGCCAUCCAGCUGGUGGGCAAGGAGAACGUGUGGACUGCGCUCUCUGCGGUCGACUUUGACCCUGAGCUCCAGCCUGCCAUGGCCUUCGCGUUUGGCAACACCUUCAUCUGCCGCGACUCUGCCACAGCCAAGAAGGUGGCGUUCCACCCGGACAUCAUGACGCCCUGUGUGACUCUGGAUGGAGACAGCUACAACCCGGGCGGGCUGCUCACUGGAGGGUCGCGCAGGGGGGGAGGCGUGCUGCUCUCACGCCUGCACGCGGUGAAGGAGGACGAGGAGCAGCUGGCUGCACUGGAGGCUCAGCUGCAGCACGUGCUGGCUGAGCUGGCAGAGGAGCUAGCAGCCCUCGAGGCUGAGCUGGCGGAGUGUGAAGCCACGUCAGCGGAGGCAGCCGGGAAGGAGAAGGGGCUACUGGACGAGGCAGCAGCGUUGGAGAGGGAGAUGGAGCAGCAGGGGCGCGAGAGAGGGCAAAGGCUGAAAGCCCUGGAGGCCAAGGCGAAGGCGGCCAAGCAGCAGGCAGCUGCUGCAAGCAAGGCCCUCAAGGCGAAGCAAAACGAGAGGGAGCAGUUGGCGAUAGCAGUGGAGACGUCGAGGGGCGAGGAGGCAGCAGCGCAGGAGCAGAUCAGUGCAGCAGAGGCGGAGGUGGGACGGCUGCAGCACGAGGUGGACGAAGCUGCAAGGAAGGUGGCGAACGUAAAGGAGGAGUUGGAUGCGGUGCAAGGGGAUGUGGAGAGGCGGCAGAACGAGCUGCGGGCGUGCGAUGAGAGAAUGGCGGGCGUGGAGAGGGAGGUUGGGGAGAUGGAGGAGAGGAAGAUGAAUGCUGGCAUGGAGAAACGGAAACUGGAGCACCAGGUGAAGACAAGGGAGGCGGAGCAGCAGAGGGGCGUGAAGGACGUGGAGCGCAUGGAGCGGCAGCACGCGUGGAUCGCCACGGAGCGCGCGCUGUUUGGGCGGCCCGGCACGGACUAUGACUUCCACUCGCGCGACCCGGUCGCUGCCCGGCAGCUGCUGGCAGAGAAGCAGGCCCAACAGAGCAGUGUGGAGAAGCGCAUAAACAAGAAGGUGAUCGCCAUGUUUGACAAGACGGAGCUGGAGUACAAGGACCUCAACGCCAAGAAGGACAUCGUUCUCAGGGACAAGGCGAAGAUAGAGGAGGCGAUAGAGCAGCUGGACGAGAAGAAGAAGCAGCAGCUGAAAGUCACGUGGGAGAAAGUCACCAAGGAUUUCGGGUCGAUAUUCUCCACACUCCUCCCCGGCACCACGGCCAAGCUGGACCCCCCCGAGGGGCAGGACUUCCUGGCGGGGUUGGAGGUGCGGGUGGCGUUCGGCGGCGUGUGGAAGCACUCGCUCUCCGAGCUCUCCGGCGGCCAGCGCUCCCUGCUCGCCCUCUCCCUCAUCCUCGCCCUGCUGCUCUUCAAACCCGCGCCACUCUACAUCCUGGACGAGGUGGAUGCAGCACUGGAUCUCAACCACACGCAGAACAUCGGCCACAUGAUCAAACAGCACUUCCCGCACUCCCAGUUCAUAGUGGUGUCGCUCAAGGAGGGCAUGUUCAACAACGCAAAUGUCAUUUUCCGCACCAAGUUCAUCGACGGCGUGUCAACUGUCACGCGCACCGUGCCGUCCCUCCCCUCCUCCUCCUCCGCUGCUGCCGGGCUAAGCAGAGCUGCUCCCGGUGCUGCCAAUGGGGGCAGGUCCAGGGGUGCUGCUGCCAGUGUGGCACGGGAGAAGAGCGCAGGAGGGUCGAUGAGGUCAAGGCAAGAGGACACUGAGAACAUUGAGCCAAGUGAAGUCUUCUAG